AUGCCGCCGAAGAAGGGAGGGAAGGACACGAAGGCCGCGCCCAAGAAGGGCAAGAUGGAGAACCUCAACAAGGGCGCCAAGAAGGCAGCCAAGAAGUGGUCCAAGGGCCGCACCCGCGAGGCGCUGCAGAACGCCGUGAUGUUCGACAAGGAGACGCUGGACAAGCUCAUGAGCGAGGUGCCCAAGUACAAGGUCAUCACGCCUUCCAUCAUCAGCGACCGCCUUAAGAUCGCCGUCUCACUCGCCUCGAAGGGCCUGCAGCACCUGUGCAAGCAGAAGCUGAUUAAGCUUGUCUCCUGCAGCAGCAAGGCACGUGUCUACACUCGCGCAUAG